ACCAAAAAAGUCCAUCACUUCUUAUCUUACACAGCUUCUGAUCUCCUGGGAGGAAGGAUUUUUUUUUUAAAUUUUCUUUGAAACCAAGAACAAAACCGACAAAACAAGAUGGGAAGGAUCUUAUUUGGAGUGCUUGCAGCUGUUGCAUCUAUCAUGCUAGUGGACAGUCUGACCUGUAACCAGUGCCAAUAUGGACUUCUCGGGUUUUGCCUCAGCUCUAGCGAACUGACCUGCAGCACCAACACCAGCGUCUGCUUCACUGGAAAAGCAACUUUCCCAUCCGUCUCCAGCUCCGUGGGCUUCAACACUCAGGGUUGCCGUGAGCCCAUGGGCUGUAACGCAACCAUGAACGCUACCCUGAUUGGUGUUACCUACCAGACCAGAAUCGAGUGCUGCUCAACAGACAAGUGCAACCCCGUCCAGCUCAGCGGUGCCCCUUCCACAAAGAUGACCCUCACUGCCGCCCUCGGUGCAGCCAUCCUGGCCUCUGUGUGGGGAAGCAUGCUAUAAUAUGCCUACCGCUAAAUCACAAAAACAAGUGCUGAUUAAUUCAUUGAGUCUUUACAAAAACAAACGCUCCGUCCAAAAUAAAACAUUUGGAUCUUAUGAGUUUAUAAGUGAUUAUUUGUAUGCUCAUAUGGUGUGACACUCUUUUUUCCAUAACUCAGGUUUCGUCAUGUCAGGGUUUAAUUUUAAAAUAUAAAACACAAAACUAAUUUGUCCACAUUAUGGAAGUGGAACAAUGUAAUGUUUCAGGGAAACAUUGAGUUUGUAAAUCUUCCAUGCAACUGUCUUGCUUUGUCUUUUUUUUUUUUAAUCGAAUUGUAUUUAUCCAUUUAACUACUGUUACUGUUGUACUUUUUACACAGAACAGUGAUGUAAA